CUUCCUUCGGGCCUGUCGGGACGGCGAUCUGGACGAAGUUCGCUGUCUGCUGGACACCGGCUGCGUGUCGGCUCUCUCCGUUGACUCCGCAGGUCUGUCCGGCUUACAUAUGGCAUGCAAAUACGGUCACCUCAAUGUUGUGGAGUACCUUUUGCAGACUGCUCCACCGGAACUACUGGAGUUGCGAGACUUCAAGAAGUAA